GCAGCUCAGAUGUGUGGUUGGGAAGUUGGACUUUAAUGUGCUCCUUUUCUAACGGCUGUUUGUUUUCUUUGUAACCGCCUGUGGUGACCAUCAGAGCCCCCAUGGAUCUUUUACGCAGAUACAUCUGGGUGUUGGUGAUAGUUGGGGUUAUUUUUGUGUCUACAGUGAUCGUCCUCAUCUUUCUGAUUAUCAACAGAUGCAUAUCCAGACGCGGAAAGUUCAGAAUGUCGCAGCUCCAGAGAAGAUCUGACAACAAAACUGAGAGUAACAAAUACCAGGAGAGAAACCUCGACACCAAAACGCCUCCUCUUCCUCCCCGGACACAGUUUCUCACAGCAGAGGCCCAAAGCUACGAGAACCUGGCUGAAGGAUCUGACGGAGAGCACAGCGUAGCUGACUACGAGCAGAUUGAUGACGGGCAGUGUGAAUAUGUGAAGGUAGAGGAGGAGACAGAGAUGCUCCCUCCUCCUCCAUGUUACGCUGGUCAAAAUUCAAACCUGAAAUCUGGUGAUUCUGUGGGUCAGAGCUAUGAAAACCUGGCUGAGGAUCAUGACUAUGAGCAGAGCACAGAUCAGCAUCCUGACUACAUCAGCGUGGCGGAUGAGACAGAGAUCCUCCCUCCUCCUAUCCAGUGCAAUGCAGUUCCAAAUUUGGACCAUUGUGUUUCAUUGGGACAAAGCUAUGAAAACCUGGCUGAGGAUCAUGACUAUGAGCAGAGCACAGACCAGCAUCCUGACUACAUCAGCGUGGCGGAUGAGACAGAGAUCCUCCCUCCUCCUAUCCAGUGCAAUGCAGUUCCAAAUUUGGACCAUUGUGUUUCAUUGGGACAAAGCUAUGAAAACCUGGCUGAGGAUCAUGACUAUGAGCAGAGCACAGACCAGCAACCUGACUACCUUAACGGUGUAGAUGAGACAGAGAUCCUCCCUCCUCCUAUCCAGUGCAAUGCAGUUCCAAAUUUGGACCGUUGUGUUUCAAUGGGACAAAGCUAUGAGGACCUGGCUGAAGAUCAUGACUAUGAGCAGAGCCUGGACGAGCAGCCAGACUAUGUGAAGGCGGAAGAUGAGGAGACUAAAGCAGACAACACCUCCACAGAGGACUACGAUGACAUUGAAUGUGAGGAGGAUGAAGAUGACUAUGAUGAUGUGGUGUAACACAGCAAGAGGAUGAAACAAGUACACUUUAGACUUUCCAUCUAAAUCUGAAUCCUGCUGAGCAGAAAUGUCACCUAGAGGUUUAAUGUCAGUUACAUUUUUAGUUUAAUUCGUGAAAAUUAAAAUAACACAUCCACUGGAGACAGUGAAUUUGCUGAGUCAGCUGGUUUGAUUUUAGGGAGAUUCUUCACCCCAUGCACUGAGCUUCAGUGGUCUGUCAAAAUGAAUUCAUGCUCCUGCUUUUUGCUAUGAAUAUGUCACAAACAGUUGGGGGAAUACAUUACAAUACAAGUACAAUACAAAAUACAAUUUAAAGCCACACAGUUAGCCGGGAAUGGCGUUCAAGUAGACAAACUUUAUCGAGUUAAAAAAAUCUAUUAAAAAAUAAAAAAAAAGUAACAACAUGAUUGUAAACAAAUAAAAAUACACAAGAAAAAGUUUUAAAUUUGACAGCUUUAUUGCUUUUGUGAAUGUAGCCUAACAAGUCUAAUUGUGCUUUUAAAUCAUCUCAGGACACAAGUUUUAGGAGAGACUUUUAUCUGAGCUCUUAUGCAAUCCUACAGCAAAACUUCUAACAAGGCCAGACUGAGUCUUUUGAGGGGCCCCGGGCAGGAUUUGAUUUUUGGGGCCCCCCUAGACCACCUCAGCACCACUGAUGCUUUACUCGUAAUGGUGCUUUAUCUUUGCAUACACUGUGAUUGUAACACCCCCAUUCAUUUGCACAGUUUUAGUUGGCCUACAUGACAUAAUGGUAUUACUGUGGUUUUUAGCCUCACUGACUUAGAAAAAUUGAGAAAAAUGGUAUAGUAUUAAUUUGUUUUCUUUUUAAAAAUACAGUAAGAGAAAACAUUAGCAGAUAAAUUUAGAGUAAACAAAUUAAACAGUUUAAUUACAUUUGUAAAAAUUUGGAAAAAAGAUACAAAAGUAUGCAAAAAUGCAUUAUAUUCCACUAAAACCAAUUUGUCCUUGACUUCUUACAUUCUUACAGUCUCAGUGAUUCUUCUGAGUUCUAAUACUUAUUUAUUAGGUUUGGAGCUAAACUGAACCAUUUCUAUAAUUUUUAAAGGCCUUAUGUUCACUUAGAUUUCACUGGAUCAGGUUACAAUCAUUGAGGUUUAGCUUAAAAUGGAGAAGAUGAAGAUGAAGACCAAAAAUGUAAUAAAUUUAGAAAAGAACCAAAGGUGCAUAACAACAUACUUCCAAAUAAUGGUUUAAAGAGGGUAUAAAACUGUUUAUUUAGACGUUCUGACUGAACAAAAGUAACCUUGUAGUAUACAUGCUGAGGGAGGUGAUUACCAACAGCGUGCUGGUGUCUGGUCAUCAUAAACAAUAGUCAGGUGUUAAACAAGGACAGGAAACAAAACUAAAUGCUAAUAUGAAUUUUAAUAUGGACCAUAUUUAUGAAUUUUAAUAUGAAAAGGAAUUAAAGUUGACAAGAACAGUGAAAAUGGUAAUCUCAUUAAGUUUGAUGUUAAAACAACAGAACAAAGAAAACCUCAUGAAGCCUGACAGAAAGUUAAACUGAUCUUUUUCUAGUUUCACGUUCAACCAAAAUUUGUUUCUGUUUAUUGUAAUUUAACUUCUAUCAUAUCCAGAUAUUUUAGGAAAAUAAAACGAAGGCCAAAAACUGAAUUAACCAAAAGUUCCCAGUUGAAAACUCAACUUUUUAACAUGGUUGAUUUCCAACUAAAUUAUAAUUCUUUUUUAUGGAUGAAUAUAGCAGAAUUUAAAUAAAAUGGUUGGUCAUUAAUGAAUUUAGAAAAUAUUUGUAUUAUUCUGUGGUUGUAAUAUUACAUUCAGUGUAUAUGAGGUGAGGGUCAAAUAAGAGUGCGUUUAAAUUAAUCCAACACAUCACCAUCAUCCAAAAGUGUUUAAAAAUAUACUAUAAAAUACACAUUUUUAAUAUAUUGCUAAUAUUUUAAACAACAACCUAUAUGUACUUAUAUAUCCUCUGGAUUUUAUGUAUGUAUGAUUGAUGGGGCCUAAAAGGAAUAAACUCCAAUCAAAAUGUAUUUGGAUUAAAAUUUUAGGGUUUUUCUAAGGUCCCACGAACACUGAAAAUUUUAACGUGAAUUUUUUUCUUUUGUUUUAAAUGUUUUUUUUUUCUUUGAGUGUUGGAUAAAUGAAAUAACUGUUGUGUACUUCCUCACUUGUGUUAAUGUCGCUUGAUAAAGACUUAAAGGAGAACUGAAAAGGUUUUGGCUGUAUACUGUAUUAUAAAUACUAUAAAGGACUUUCCAGCUGAACCCUUAAACAUUUAUAACUUCAACUGAGGUAAAAUUGUCCUUCCUGAUAGAGACGUUUAGAGAAAGAAUUUUUCAGCUAAAUUAUUUUAUAUUUAAACCCCGUGUUUUGUUCGACAGUGCUGCAGGGUGAAGAGUUACUCCCACUCACAUCCACACAGCUGCCAUAAAUAUUCAAUGUGUAAUCAUCUGCUCCUGGAAGUAGCAGAAAAAUGAACCAUUUACUCCUGAUUGAGUAAGUUUUGAUAUAAAAUGAAUAAAAUACAAAUACAUUAUCACCUUUAGAUAAAGUUUUGUUUGACUGAUUGUAAAUGUUAUCACUGUAUAUGUUUGUGUGUAUAGAGAGUAUAGAGGGUGAUGGCAAAGCUUCAGGUUGUGAAAGAAUGAGUCAUGACUGACUCAUGGACCAUUCACUGCUUAUUAUUACUGUAGGAAUUUCCCUGAUCUUUCCACAUAUUCAGAAGGUUCUUAGUAAAUGACAACUUGAAUAAAUUUAUACA